UCUGUUCUGUUCUAAUCGAUGAAGAGGUUGAGGUCCUACGGCGAGGAUCUGGAUGAUGUUGUGGGAAAGGAGUGGGAGAGGCGAGAGAUGGACGCCGACCGCUCGUCAUCGCGCCGUCGGUUCUAUGUGAAGUCGGAGAGCUUGCGAAGAUCGUCUUCUUCGUUGUACGACAGAUCGAUGGAUGAAGAUCGGGAGGCCAUGCGGCCUCCGCGGAAGCGGUUCGACCACGAUGUGGACGGGUUUGAUAGGCGGAAGAUCUUCGAUCGGUAUCGAGAUGGCGGUGGAGGCGUGGAUCGGGCGAUGCAUGUUUCGUCGCCUCGAGUUCCGUAUGGGAGCGAACGGAUGCAGCGGUCGGAGAGCUUUUCGACCAUAAGGAGGGAUUUUCCAAAGGGGUUUAGAUCGGAGAGGGAUCGGUCCCGGCGGGAAGGCUUUGGGGGUUUGUCGUGGAGGAGAUUGAGCUGUGGGAAGGAGGCUGCUGAUGAGGAGAAGAGGUCUCCGGCAAGGGAUUCGGAGGAUAGGGGCAGGACGCGGUCCAGGGAUUCAUCCAGCGGGGAGCAGUCUAAAGAUGGUGAGGCUGUGAAAGCAAAAUUGGAGAAGGUUCAAAGGGAGAGCUGCAGCAGUAGUGAGAUGGAAGAAGGGGAGCUUGAACCCGAGCCUUCUAUUGAUACUGGAGCGCAGGCUGAGAGGUACUCCCAACAUUUUAAAGAUAAAAAGGAUGUGAUUAAGAAUGUGUCUGAAGCUAGUUCAGAGAACAAGGACGUGCAAUUGAGUAUGAAAACGUCAGAUUCUGUUAAUGGGACUUCUUAUGGGGAGAGAUCAAUGGAGAUUGAAGUGACACAGAUAACUAGAAAUGUCACAUUGCAGGAAGAUCGGAUCGAGAUUGUCGAGAAAUUCAAUGAGGAAAUACGAGCGGAAGGAGAAGGCUCUAUUGAAUUGAGACGGCAAAGAGAAAGUUUUGCUGAACGGCAAGGGGAAGCAAAGGACUUGCCUGAAGAUAAUUAUAAAGAGGAAAAGCCUGAAGAUAUUCCUUGCGGGGAGAAAAAAGACUUGGCUGAAGAUACUUCUUGUAGAGAGAAGAAAGAAAUACUUAGUGAUGAAAGAUCUCCUUUGCCUUCCCAAUUUUCUAUUCUUGAAUCGAAGAAUCAGGUUGUGGAGCCGGUGCUCAAGGAUGAUGAGCUGGCCAACGUUCAUAGUUCUUCACUAGAUGGAAAUUUAGAAGAAAUGGUAAAAGAAGUGCAUUUUAGAGAGGUUAAAGUGGAUGACGAAAUGAAAGAGGUGACUUGCGUUGACCUUGAAGUUGUGCAGAGGAAAGACAAAGGUAUUGAUCAAGUUGGUUUUGGGGCGGAGCAAAGGAAAACAAAAAGUUUUGAUCUUCAAGCUGAAACUGUUGGUGAACUUGGUUACUGUAAUUCCGUUAAGGAAAUUAAAUCUGAAAAUAACUUGACAUCGAAGCCAAUAUUAGAGAAUACAAGAGACAAGGGCAAAAGUAUUGCAUGUUCUCUUUCUAACAUGGCAGAUUCAGCCGAUGAUGAGGAUGCUGUGGAAGGUCCCAGUAGCAGCAGAGGCUUUGAACUAUUUUUUCAUGAUCAUAUCAUUCAACCAGAUAAGGCUAGCAUUGGUGGGCUUUUUGGUGGAAGGAGCAAGAAUGAGAAACUUAAAUUGGAACCACUGGACCUCUCUCUCAGCUUACCGGGUGUUCCACUAGACCAGAAUUCUAAGCCUCCAAACUCAAACCCCUGUUCUCCUGGUCGUACAAAGAGUAUUCAAUCUUACCCAUGUUCCUUCCGGACAAUCUCUGAUGGAUUCACAAAUUCAAUUUCAUUCUCCAGUUCUCAACCAUUGGUACACAAUCCUAGCUGUUCUCUCACACAGAACUCUUUUGAAAAUUUUGAACAGUCAGUUGGUAGCCGUCCUAUAUUUCCUGGUGUAGAUCAGGUUUCCAGUGGCACCAUACGGCAAUCUCAGACAUCCAUUGAGCCCAAACGAAAGGGAGGAGCUGGGGCACUCUUCCAUAGAGUGCUCUUGAAUGGUAACCAUUCCCAGGACUCCAUUCCUGGCGUGAAUGGGCACCAUAAUUUGAACUCAAACCCAUUAUUGAGGCAACCAAGUUUCCCAAGGCAGUCUUCCCCUCAGAGUGUUGGAUCCCGUGACACUUUGUCUGAGCACAGUAAGGAUAAGAGGAUGUUAACAAGAGAAAGAAGCUUUAACAGUCUGUGUAAGAGUGAGCAACGAGAAGGUGAACAGAUUGUUGUUAAUGUGCUGAGUGUUGUUGAGAGGAUCAUCACCAGGAUAGUCUCAGAACCCUUACAUGUGAUGGAGAGGAUGCUUCAUGAUAUGUCAGAGCAUUCCAUGGAGUACCUGAAGGAUUCUAUAUGCAAGAUGCUUUCUAACACGGAUAAACGUGGGCAAAUACAUGCAUUGCAGGGUACCCUCCAGAAAAGAUCUGACUUGACUGCAGAAACUAUGUCAAGAUGCCCGAAGACUCUGUUGGAGAUAUUGGUGGCUCUAAAGACUGGACUCCCAGAUUUUCUUCAGAGAUCCAAUAAUAUUCAAUCUUCUGAUCUUGUUGAGAUCUAUCACAACUUGAGAUGUCACAAUAUUGCAUGUAGGAGCAUGCUUCCUGUUGAUGAUUGUGAUUGCAAAAUUUGCUCUAAAAAGAAUGGAUUUUGUAGCGCUUGCAUGUGUCUCAUUUGUUCCAAGUUUGACAUGGCGUCUAAUACUUGUAGCUGGGUGGGCUGUGAUGUGUGUCUCCAUUGGUGCCAUACAGAUUGUGGGUUAAGAGGUUCUCAUAUUAAAAAUGGCCGAAGUUCUUCGGUGGCUCCGGGAGCCACUGAAAUGCAGUUUCAUUGUGUUGCCUGUGGGCAUCCUUCAGAGAUGUAUGGCUUUGUGAAGGAAGUUUUCAAGAUGUGUUCCAAGGACUGGAAAGUUGAAAAUCUUGCUAAGGAACUUCAAUAUGUGAGGAGAAUAUUCUGUACCAGUAAUGAUACGAGGGGUAAAAGUUUGUACCAAGUUGCUGGACAAAUGCUGGUGAAACUGGAAGACAAAAAGAAGCAUUCUGAAGUGAUUAAAAAUAUCAUGUCAUUUCUUUCAGAAAGUGAAUCCAGCUCCAACAUUGCUCCUCCUCUCUACCCUCCCACAGAACCACCCAGAAACAACGAUCAAAGAGGCAACGCUGCAGCUUUCCCAAUCGAAGAAACCCCAUGGUUAUCUCCCAUUUCUUCAACCAAAAUAUCUCGCCUGCAACACAACACUGCUUCUGAUGACAAUCAGCUCUGCAGGCAAAGGAAGGAUUCUUCUCUACUCCAAAUAAACUUUGAAAAGAAACCAAUGGUUGAUGAACUGGAGAGAGUUGUUGGAUUCAAGCAGGCCGAGGCUAAGCUGUAUCAGGAGCGCGCCGACAAUGCUAAACGAGAGGCCGACGGGCUGAAGUGCAUCGCGACGGCGAAAAAUGGGAAGAUUGAAGAUGAAUACAGAACAAAAAUGGCGAAAUUACAGCUAUAUGAGGCCGAGGAAAAUCGUCGGCAGAAGAUGGAAGAAUUGCAAGCUUUGGAAAAGGCACACCAUGAUUUUGUUAGUUUGAAGGCGAGGAUGGAGGCUGAGAUUAAAGAUCUUCUUUUGAAAAUGGAAGCUACCAGUCGUAAUUUCAAUGCCUGAAUAAGGAUCUUUUUUUUUUCUCUCUGUAUUGUAAUGAGUAAAUCUCAGUUUUUUUUUAUUAUUAUUAUUGUUCUUCAUUCUGUUGUAUGUUGUAGGUUAGAUAAUCAGGUUUUAUGAGUUUUAAUUUUAUUAAGCUAACUAGAUUUCUGUACAGGAAGGUGCUUUUAUGGAUAAAUGGAAAGUAAGUGGAUUUUUAGAAGUA